AUGGUGCUGCAGGUCCUACCUCAACUUGAAUCGGCAGAGCAUGAAGUUGUCUUGAAGGCCACGGUGGUUCUAUUCCAACGCUUCUGUGGCACAGCAGCAGCUUCGCCGGACCUUGACAAACUCGUACCAGCUGUUAAGGAGCUUGCCUUGCCGACUCUUCUGAAAUUCGGCCAGCAGAUGACGGCUCGUCGAGCUUUUCAGGCAGCUUGUGCAUUGACACCGCUGCUAAAUCGAGCAGCGGUGUUGGCCGCACAGUGCUGUGCCUUAGCAAUCAAAGGGCCUUGGAAAGCGGACGUUGUGUUGCCGUUCUACGAAGCAGUUGCGGAUCUAGAAGAGGUUUUUUCCCGUGCUAUCAUUGCACGUGCAGAAAUGCUGCGACCGUUCGAUGCAUCGAGGAUUUUUGCAUCGCACAAGCACUUCGAGGAAUGCCAAGCGGUGGCCGCCAAAGCUGUGGCUGCUUCGGGCAUUCCGCUCGACGUCUCCACUUCAGAUCUUGCAAGGCUGGCACCUCUUCCGGCCAAGCCGGUCCAUUGCUGGCGCUACGAGCAGCUGAGGCAGUUCUGGGAGACCAGUUGCUCUCAAUACUCGGGGAAAGUUCCGGUCGAUGUUUUGGCGAUCCUGUUGCUCCAAGCAGCAGGAGCAGAGUUGUCAUUGGUCAACCGAGAAGCCUUGAUGCGGCGGCUGCAUGCUUGCGCACAUCGCUCUCAAGGAGAAGUGCUGGCAGCUCAAUGGUCACGCUGUUGGAUCAAGCGCACAGCGAGUGGUUCAUCUUACGGUUGGGUGGAAACUGCGGAUCGAAAGCUUGCUUGCGACAGAGCACCAGGGCCAAACAGAAAAGUUGCAGAUCCCGGCCUUUCGAGCCAGUCCAUGCUCAGUUAUUGGGAGGGCAGGCAACAAGCUUACAUUUUCCCGGCGUCAAAACGUCUUUGCCCGUUACUUUCUCGAGGAGUGUAG